UCUGGGCAAGCAGAGUUAGCAGCUGAGCCGGCCCGUGGCCGUGCCGUGUAUCAUUGUUGCUAUGUGUAGCAUCAGCUGAGGGCGGGUUGCAGCGGCUCUCCUCCGGCUCUCCUCUCGCUGGCACUGACCCACAAGUGCCUAUUGGCUUCCACGCCUCGCGCGACCAACAACUUCCACUCUGAUCCGCGCCGCGCCCCUCUCCGGCCUGCGGGGCGAGUUGUGGGAUACUGGUGCAAGGAAACAGUGUCACAGUGCCACAGUCACUCAAGCAGCGCCUCGAGGCUACCAUGCCUUCCGCUAUGAGCACGGCGCCCAAGAAGAAGCGGGACUUCUUCAACGGGUCUCAGGGGCUGGACUUCCGGGACUUCAGCAGCCCCAGGCCCCAGGAGGCGCCGGAGGAGCCGAAGGUCCCCUUUGGCGCCCUGGCCGUGGACGGAAGGCACGCGGGGGACCUCUACCUUCCCGCCCCCCCCAUCGGGGCGGGCUUCCCCGCGUCGCCGGGAUUCGGGCACGCCCCGGCGGAUUACUACUUCCCAUGCUACGACAGACACAGCCCCCCCGGCGGCUUCCACCGGCUUGGGGAGCCGGAGCCAUCUCCGCCCAUCCCGCAAGGCUUCCACCUCCAGAGUCGGGGCCUCGAAUUUGGGGACUCCGACCCUCUCGAUGAAGCCCCAGCCCCCUUACUUCACAGCGCAGGGGCCGAGCGCCCCCUGUGGCCUGCCCCCCCCAUGAACGUCCCUCCCGCCAGCAGCGGUGACGGCGACGGCGACGACGGGAAGAAGAAGGGGAAGAAGAGGAAGCAGAGGUGCCGCCUGUGUGCCAACCACAACCGCUACGUAGAGGUAAAGGGCCACAAGUGGUACUGUCCUUUCAAGAGCCCCGAGCACUCGUGCAGCAAGUGUGAGAUCACCCGCAAGCGGCAGUUCUUCAUGGCGAAGCAGCAACAGCUGACGCGGGAGCAGCAGCAGCAGUACCACCACCUGCAGGGCGACGAGCUGGGGAGGGGGGAGGGGGCGGAGGGGGGCAGGCAGGCCGCCGUGCCCCCCAGGUACCCCCCCAAGCAGAGCGAAUUCCCCCGCAUGCAGGAGCUGCUGGAGGAGACGAACAACAUCCUGGACCCGGAGCUCUUCCGCAAGAUCGACGAGCACGUGCGGCCCAAGGUCACCCACCACUGACUGGCCCCCGCCGCCCCCGCUCGCUCCCCCGGCGUAUCCCCGCGCCGGCGAAGCCCUCUCUACGCGACGGCCGCUCCCACUCCCACGCCCGCACUCCGGGCCCCGUACCCCCGGCUGGUCUGGGUCACGGAGUGAGCGACACGCAGCAGGAAUCGGCACAUCAGCAGCAGCAGCAGCAGGAGCAGCGCGAUGUGGAGGCGCGGCGCAGCGCGGGCUGGCGGCCACGGGGGCGAGGCACAGCGCGGGUGUGCUGCUGGGGCACAGCCUGGGGGUAAGUGGGGGGGUCUUCUGGCACGGCCGGCCCGCCGCCGCCACCAGCGGUCCGCAGGGCCAGGUCGCCGCCCUCCGCGGUACAAAACAUCCGCCUGGAGGAGGGCGGGGGCGGGGACGCAGCGUUGGGGUGGGCUGGUCGUGAAGGACAGGAAGGACGGGGCUGGGGGGCUGUUGGUUCUGGGACCUCCGGGGCGUAGUGGGGCACACGCGAGGGCGGGGCGGGGCGGGAGGGGAGGGGGGGUUGGGAACGGGGCAAUGAGGCACCGAGGCUGUGAGGCGCGGCGAUGGUGGCGCUGCACCGCCGCCACCUGUGAUAAUAAUAAUAAUAACGAUAACAAUAAUAAUAUUACUAAUAAUUAUAAUAAUAAUUAUAAUAAUGAUGUUAGCAUAAUAAUGAUAAUAAUCUGGCCACCAAUCUGUCCUUUUGGCUGCCUCCGGCGGCGCCACGCUGAGGUGUGUGUGUGUGUGUGUGUGUGUGUGUGUGUGUAGGACUGCGAUAAAAAAAGGACUUUUCCCAAUUAGUUUAAAAUUAAUAUUCUGAAUUAUUACUUGAAGGAUUAAAAAUAAGAUUAAGAAGGGGAGUUUUUUCAAGUAAUGAUGAUGGUGAUGAAGAUGGAGUUGGUAGUGGUGGUGGUGGUGAUGGUGGUGAUUAAGAUGCAGGUGUUUGUAGUGAAAAAAAAAUGUGAGAAAAUGGUGAUGAAAAAGUGGUGUUGAAGGGAAAGUAAAAUGAUGGUGAUAAUGAUGAUGAUGAUGAUGGUGGAAAGAAAAUGCGAGUCAAGGAUGCUAGAAGAGUGGUAUAUAGAGGUGGUGAUGAUAGUGGUGGUGAUGGUAAUGAUGAUGAUGAUAGGAGAGGGAAAAAGAAGAUGAAAGAGGAUGAUGCAAAUAUUUUUAAGGGGAAUAUGUAGUUUUAGUGAUGAUAAUGAUGAUAGAGGUGAUGAUGAUGGUGAUGACAGGUGUAAUGACAUAAGGCUGUGUUUGGCCGGCUGUGAUAAUGAUGCUUUGCUAUCUAUAGUGGUGGUGAUGGUGAUGAUGAUGUUUAGCUGUGAUGAUAGCGGUGAGGGUGUGUAGAUGGUCUGUUGGUGUCUUAGUGCAAUGGUGAUGAUAUGUUAUUGUGGUGAUGAUGAUGGUGAUAGUGAUGUUGAUAGGGAAAUAUAGUGAAGACGUUGAUAGGGAAAGUGAAGAUGUUGAUAGGGAAAGUGAAAAUGUUAAUAGGGAAAGUGAAGAUGUUGAUAGGGAAAGUGAAGAUGUUGAUAGGGAAAGUGAAGAUGUUGAUAGGGAAGGUGAAGAUGUUGAUAGGGAAAGUGAAGAUGUUGAUAGGGAAAGUGAAGAUGUUGAUAGGGAAAGUGAAAAUGUUGUUAGGGAAAGUGAAGAUGUUGAUAGGGAAAGUGAAAAUGUUGUUAGGGAAAGUGAAGAUGUUGAUAGGGAAAGUGAAAAUGUUGAUAGGGAAGGUGAAGAUGUUAAUAGGGAAAGUGAAGAUGUUAAUAGGGAAAGUGAAGAUGGUGAUAGGGAAAGUGAAGAUGUUGAUAGAGAAAGUGAAGAUGUUGAUAGGAAAAUUGUAUAGUAAUGGUAGUGUUCUUGAAAAUGAUGUAUGUAUUAUAAUAAUGUUGUGUUGUUAUCUUGAUGAUGAUGUAACGAUGAUGGUGGUUAUGAUGAUGGUGAUUAUACUUGAAAGUUUACCAGUUAUGUUUAAAUAAUAGACAAAUCAAUGUUACCUUU